GUAGAACUUCAGAGGAUUGAUGAAAAGCACCAUUACAUUCGAUCCAAACGUCCAUAAGAACUUGAUCAAGUGAACUCUCCCGAGUACUGGAAUAGCUUCGGUCAAGAUGGCAACUCCAAAGACAUCACUCAAGGUUGUACUUGGAGCCAUGACCUUUGGCAGGCCAAACACUUUGGGUGCAAGAGUACACACCGCCGAGGAGGCUGGCAAAAUCGUGGACAGCUUUACUCGACACGGCCACGUGGAGAUCGACACAGCGCGCGUGUACGGGAAUGGUUCCACAGAAGAAAUACUUGCCGAACUUGGAUGGCAAAAAAGAGGCAUCGUCAUGGACACAAAACUCUACCCUACCAAGGGAACUCCCUUGCCCACGGAUGAUGCGUACACACAUACACCCGAAGACGUGCGACGCGGUCUACUGAACAGUCUGAAGGCGCUGAACACGAACAAGAUAGACAUGUUUUAUCUCCACGGCCCGGACAGACGACACCCAUUCGAGGACACCCUACGCGAAGUGAACGCGCUUUACAAAGAGGGGUACUUCAACCGGUUCGGAAUCAGCAACUACAUGUCGUGGGAAGUCGCGCAGAUCUGUGAGAUCUGUGAGCGCAACGGUUGGAUCAAGCCUGUGGUGUAUCAAGGCAUCUACCACGCUCUGCAGCGCCGCGUAGACGACGAGCUCAUACCUUGCUUGCGCCACUACGGCAUUGCGCUGUACGCGUUCCAGCCUCUGGCGGGUGGGUUUCUCACGGGUCGGUACACUCGAGAUCAGCAGACUUUCGAGGCUGGCUCUCGCUUCGAUCCGAAAAUCAUGCAGGGAAACCUCCACAGGGGAAGGUAUUGGAAUGACAGAUACUUCGACGCUCUGGAAGUCAUUAAGAAGGCUGCAGACAAGGAAGGGUUGACGGUCGCUGAGGUCGCUUUGCGUUGGCUAGAACAUCACUCCUCACUGUCAAGGGAGAAGGGAGAUGCGAUCAUCGUCGGAGCAAGCAGCGUCAAGCAUUUGGAUGAAAAUCUAGCCGACCUCGAAAAGGGUCCAUUGCCAAAGGCUGUGGUCGACGCUCUAGACGAAGCGUGGUUGAUGGCAAAACCGGUUGCGCCAAAAUACUGGCAUUGAGUUGUAGCAUCAUUCG